AUGGCGCUGGUGGCAGCGGCGCCGGCGCCAACGCCCGCGCCGGCGCCGGAAGACGAGCCGUGCGGUUGGGGUCCUCUGCAGCCAAGCUGCCUGCAGCCAUUGCGCACACCACCGUUGGCUCUGGCCGCCUUCUGCUCGGCCUCGUUCAUCCAGGGACUGACGGUGAACGGCUACGUGAACGUCGUGCUGCCCACGCUCGAGAAGCGCUUCCAACUGCGCAGCGUCCAGGCGGGCACCAUCGUGAGCAUGUACAACGUCGGCUCGCUCCUCUGCUCGACGCCGGUGGCGUACUUCGGCGGCUCGAGCCACAAGCCGCGCAUCAUCGCCAUCGGCACGCUCGUCAUGGCCAGCGGCUCGAUGCUCUUCUCGCUGCCCCACUUCUUGGCGCCCAGCUACCACUCGCGCCCCGACGUGCGGGACACGUGUCCCAACCUGCUCACUGCGCACGCCCUGUGUAGGCAAAACGAAGAGGCUGGCCUGGCGAACUACCGCUACCUGUUCAUGCUGGGGAACUUCUUGCACGGCUGCGGCGCCUCACCCUUCUACACGUUGGGCGUCGCCUACAUUGACGACAGCGUGCCCACCAAGACGUCGCCCGUCUAUUUGGGCAUCUACUUCGCGAUGGCCAUCCUGGGUCCCGCCGUGGGCUUCAUCUCGGGCGGCUACUUUCUCUCGCUCUACACGGACGUCCAGAAGGCCUCGAGCGAGAUAAAGCUCAACCGUUUCAGCAAAGUGUGGGUCGGCGCGUGGUGGAUAGGCUUCGUCAUCGCCGCCUGCCUUGGCGCACUCGUCGCCAUCCCGAUCUUCGCAUUCCCCAAGGAGCUGCCUGGGUCACAAGAAAUUCGAGCUUCGAAAAGGCCGGAAAUGGACGAGUUCGCAGCGACGAAAUUACGCGUGGAAAAACCCACCAAGUUCAUCCCCAUGGUCUCGUUGCUGCUCACGAAUCGCACGUACGUUCUCCUCACCAUUGCCGGAACGAUUGAAACCUUGAUGGCGUCUGGAAUCUCUGCUUUCAUCACCAAGAUCCUGGAGUCCCAGUUUGGCUUGACGUCGUCCGCAUCGGCAACACUUCUAGGCUUAAUCGCCAUGCCGAGUGCUUGCGGAGGCACCCUCCUGGGCGGCUACCUCAUAGACAAGCUAGACUUGGUGUGUGCCAACAUCAUCCGUAUGUGCGUCCUUGCCAGCAUGUUCACAUGGAUGCUGAUGGGCUUCGUCCUGUUUCACUGCCCGAACGCCCCCUACGCCGGCGCGACCUUCACUGGAGGAUACAACUUCAACCCGAACGCGACAUGCAACGCUCAGUGUAAGUGCUCCGAACUGCUGUACAGUCCUAUCUGUGGAGUGGACAACGUGACCUACUUCUCACCUUGCUUCGCUGGCUGUCGACAGGAGAUGAUCGCGGCAGGCACAGUGCUCUACACGGAUUGCGAGUGCAUCCACUCGAAGGAGCAGCGGACCGGGAUGCAAGCGCCGGUACAGGCUGAGCUGAAGCGCUGUCAGACCGCGUGCGACCGGCUGCCCAUUUUUUCCGUCGGUCUGUUCCUGGUGCUGUUCGGCACAUUCCUCAACAGCGCACCUGGCUUGAGCGCCAGCAUUCGGGUAGUCGGCGACACUGCCAAGCCUCUCGCCCUCGGCUUGCAGUGGGUCUCGGUGCGCCUCUUCGGCACCAUCAUGGCGCCCAUCCUCUUCGGCAUGAUCAUCGACCGCAGCUGUCUGACGUGGCAGCACCUGUGCGGCGAGCAGCGCGGCGCAUGCAUCAUCUACGAGAACAGCAGCAUGAGCUACAACCUGUUCGGUGUGCUCAUCUUCGUCAAGACGCUUUCGGUGUUGUUCUUUUUCACCGCCUGGAUCACGUACCAUCCGGCUAGCUCUUUCGAGAACCGCUAA